AUGAAUUCGGCUAGAGAGCAUCUUUUGGCUACGACUGAUGGAAUUGAUGGAACUGAUGGAAUUGAUGGAAUUGAUGGAACUGAUCGAACUGAUCGAAUUGAUCGAACUGAUCGAAUUGAUCGAACUGAUCGAACUGAUCAAACUCGAUACACUGUUCAUUUCGAUUUUUCUGAUGUGACCCCAAAUGGAGAGCGAUUAAAGCGAAGGAAAUCAUUUGAAGAAAAUAUGGGAGUGAUCGAGAUGGAUGAAAGGGGAGUGAGGAAGAGUCACAGUGAUUUCGAUUGGGAGAAGACUGGAGAUGAUGAGCGGAUCGAGUCUCGCGAUUCACUUCUCCGACUCACUAAUCGUCGUCCUCUCGCUCGUGAGGACACUCGAAUGGUUCUCCAAUCUGGAAUCAGAGAGCAACAAGUGCGAGUCACGGUGGCCAGUUCAUCGUCGAGCGGCUCGGGAGUUGCCCCGUCGCCACCGGUGGUGCCCGGUGAGCGCCGUGAGCGAGCCUCAUUGCCCAAUGGGAGAGUGACACUCGUAGUGCCUGAACAGGAUGACGAGCAAAAAAGUGAAGGGAAACGGGCACCAAUCGGGCCAUUACACGUCACUACUCUCUCGCUACCAUCGACGCAUCGACGAACACCGAACAGUCGACGCGCCUCGACAUUUGUUCGGCGCAUGUCAAUGGCUAUACCAUCACUGACUGCUGAUCCAGUUCCAUUCGCUGCGAAAACUCAAAAAAAAACUGGAAGUGAUAAGAAAACGUUUAUCACUUUAUUUGAUGGAAAAACUUUCCGUGAGAAAGAAUGGCCGAUAAUGGCAUCGGCUGUAAUUCGUCGUCAUGGCCAAAACGUGGCCACAGUCUCACUGAGUCAGCCAGCUUCACAUCACCAAAGACAUGCUGUACGCAAAUUCACGGUAUUGUCAUUGGGGGCUGAUGUGCUGCCUGAAUACAAGCUGCAACCAACUCGAAUACAUCACUGCACCAUCGUUCACUAUUCACCAUUUAAAGCAGUAUGGGAUUGGGUCAUUUUGUUACUUGUCAUCUACACAGCUAUCUUCACCCCCUAUGUGGCAGCUUUUCUUCUCAGAGAGAUGGCAGAUACGAAUCGACGGACGCGACUUUCGGAACCAUUGGAGAUCGUCGAUCUCAUUGUCGAUAUUAUGUUCAUCGUCGAUAUUAUCAUCAAUUUUCGAACCACUUAUGUCAAUGAAAAUGAUGAGGUGGUCUCUCAUCCGGGCAAAAUCGCUAUUCACUACUUUAAAGGAUGGUUUGUGAUCGACAUGAUCGCCGCCGUUCCCUUUGAUCUUCUUCUCGUAAACACAAACUCGGAUGAGACGACCACUUUGAUCGGGUUGCUUAAAACGGCUCGCUUAUUGCGUCUUGUACGGGUAGCAAGGAAAUUAGACAGAUAUUCGGAGUAUGGAGCGGCAGUUCUUCUACUCCUUAUGGCCACUUUUGCUCUCAUUGCCCAUUGGCUUGCUUGUAUUUGGUAUGCGAUAGGAAGCCACGAGCUAGCACACAAGGAAAUCACAUGGUUGCAUCACUUAUCCAAUCAUCUCAAGGAGCCUUAUACGAGUACAAAUGGCACGGUGCCUGUCGGAGGACCAUCUUUACGAAGUCGUUAUGUAACAUCUUUAUACUUCACUCUAUCAACAAUCACUUCAAUCGGCUUUGGAAAUGUUUCUGCGACCACAGAUUCGGAAAAGAUUUUCACAAUCAUCAUGAUGAUAUUAGGAUCUCUAAUGUAUGCGUCAGUUUUCGGUAAUGUUUCAGCGAUCAUACAACGAUUGUACAGUGGAACGGCUAGAUAUCACACAGAGAUGUCACGAUUGAGAGAAUUUAUUCGCUUUCAUCAAAUACCGAAUCCUUUAAGACAGCGACUUGAAGAGUACCUACAACAUGCGUGGAGUUACACAAAUGGCAUUGACAUGAGUGCGGUAUUAAAAGGCUUUCCUGAUUGCUUACAAGCUGAUAUUUGCCUUCAUUUAAACCGGAAUCUCCUCAGCAAUUCGGCAGCUUUUGCCGGCACAUCACCCGGAUGUCUGCGAGCUCUUUCAAUGAGAUUUCGAAUGACGCACGCUCCACCUGGCGACACACUCGUUCAUCGAGGCGACAUUCUCACCGGACUACAUUUCAUUGCAAGAGGAUCGGUGGAAAUUCUCAAAGAUGACAACACCGUGAUGGCGAUACUUGGAAAAGAUGACAUUUUUGGAGAGAAUCCUUUACUCCACGAAGACGUUGGGAAAUCAUCGAGUAAUGUGCGAGCACUCACCUAUUGUGAUCUUCACAAAAUCCUUCGUGAAGAUCUCCUCGAUGUACUCGAAAUGUACCCGGAAUUCGCUGAGAACUUUUGCAAGAAUCUUCAGAUCAGUUGCAAUUUGAGGGACGAAGAACAGUCGAUGAAAAAACGCUUUGACAAGCACAAACUCCUUCGAAUGAGCUCAUCACUGAAUAAAGAUCGAUUCUCGGGUGUUGAACGGGAUAGUGACUCUCGAUGUCGAUCACCGCGUCCUAUGUCAACAAUCUCGGCCUUUCACACUCCAUCAUCACCAAUUGCGCCAUUCGCUGCCGGUCCAAGCACCUCUUCACCAUUGGCUCCAUUCUCAUCCUCGCCACUUUUUCGACUUCCCAACUCAGGCCUUCCCGAUGUGACCCAAGCAGAAGUGCUUGAUAAAAGGCGACGAAGUGGAGCUGAGUCAAGAGGAAGUGAUGAGAGGAGGAUGUCGAUCCCCGGUUCUUCGAGAGCUUCACCACCGGCAGAAGCGGCCCCAUUGUUACGGCGCUCACAUCAAGCUCCUAUCGAACAAGAUGAGGCUUUUGAGGAUAUACGAGCUUUUUCGCGUCAUACAGUCACUGUAUCACCGACCGUGCACGCGCUUUCCCCAGCAACGGCACCAAUUCGGGCAAAUGGGCGAGAAAGCGAUGACACGGAAAAUCUUGCGCAGAUCACUCAACGAAUGUGCGCUGUUGAAAAAUCUUUGGAUGAAAUGAAACGCGAGAUGCGCGAAGAUAUGAAAACGCUCAUUAAACUUUUAAAAAGUCACGGAAAAAUCCCAGGCGAAGUAGCUGAGGAGAGCGUCGACCCAAAGCAAGCCGGCUCAUCGACCAACACAGAAAUGGUUCGUCGUCGAAAGUUAACCCCCGUCACUCAACAGGUCCUUCGGCUAGCUAAUGGUGGCGAAGAGGUUGUGCGCGUGUCUCGUCUCUCGUCUCAUGAACCACCAAGUGGUGGUGGAUCGACAUCACCACAAUCUUCUUCAUCGUUUCCCUCAUCAAAUUCUCCCUCUCCCUCUGGUGGACAGGGAGGAGUGAGGGCUUCUUUAUCGUCUGUAUCCCCAGCGACGACACCCGAUGAGAAUGACACUCUGCUG